GGCAUCAGUUCUACACGCUGUUUAGUAGCCAACCAUUAUCCUACGUGCGUAUCGAUCGACUCAGCAAAACCAUUCAAUAUGUUUAUGAUAUUCAAAAUGGCGCGUACGAGGAACUUCUGCAUGCGGUGGUUCGACGCCCUCGCUCCGUCUGUGAAUUGGUUGUGUUUGACCAGUGUAUGUGCAGGUAUUUAGCCACGGUCUUUACUGAUAUGAUGUUUAGGAAUGCUAUUGUGUGUUUUUGUUGAAAUCGGAUCUAAUUAGCUUCUACUGAAUCUCAAAACUUGCUUCAGCUGCAGACGAGAGUAGAAGGGGGUCUCUCUCGCGCGCGAGUGAUUACAAGAUUUUUUUCUCUCGUUUCUCCAGAUUCUCUUUUAUCUGAUUAAAUUGAAUGAGACCAUAUUGCUUAAUUUGACUAUUGAUUGUCGUGUUCUGGGAACCCCUUCGAGCCCCUACACUAACGUGUAUGACAAUGCGACUAUUGAGUGCAAAGUAUGUUUGCUCGAGGGCUUCAAAUAAUUGAUUCAAAUCAUGUUUUAAUCGUGGAAACUGGUAAUUAAAAUUCUUGUGUACAUAGAAGUGUUUGAAUUUUAAAACUCUGAAAAGAAAAUGUAUUUACCGACCGAUAAGCGCUUGUAUUAUUUCGUGUUUCUGCUGCUGAUAUGAAUUUGAGAAAAGGGUUCGAUGAGUGUUUCUAACACAGUGAUACAAGAUGCUUCUCGUUUCUGCGGAGAUGAAAAUCGAGUUUAAUUGCAAGGAAUUCUAUUUGAAAUAUCUUGUUUCCAGAUCAAUCAAUUAAAAGGAGAGAGGGAGAAAAAAAUCAGAAAUAGAUGUACGCUGCAAAGAAAAUGGAUUGGCAAAACAAUUUGUCAGCAGUGUGCGAAGCAAACUCGGGCGAUUGGCAAUCGGAGUGAUCGCGAAAACUCGUAUGGUGUUUUAACAGAUUCGCAUUACAUUUUUCAGCGAGUUCAAUAAAAAAGGGAAAGAAAUGUGUUAAACGUUCUCCCCUCACUGGAUGAUUAUUUGCACAUUGAAAGAGUGGGAAAAAGCCUUUCUUCCGUGGACGUCAAAAGAUUUCAAAGUGGUGUUUUAUUGGCAGUAUCCGCGAGAUUAUUACAGUCAGUGCAUCGGAUGCCUUGGACCAGCAGAUGGAAUAUUGAUCCAAUAGUGUGUGGAUGUCCAAAAAGAGUGUGCUUCCCGAAAUAAAAAAAAAAAUCAGACUGGGAAAUAAAUCUGGAAAAAAAAUGAUUUUUCUACCCAGUAAAAUUCAAAAAGGCUGUUCUUUGUUGAUAUACAUGUGUAAUUGAAAGCUGAUCUGAGAGAUCUUUACAAGCAAUGGCGUUGACUUCAAGUAGACCUUUGUAUAAACAGCGGACAGAAUCGCUGCCAAACACGCUUACGUCUGUAAUGUUUGGAAAUGGACAGAUCAACCCAGAAGAUAAUCCAAACUAUCUAGUGUAUAAAAAGAUGGAGCACAUCGUGGAGAUGAUGCAGGAUGAGAGUACCGGGGUAUCUGUCAGAACGGUCAAAAGUUUUAUGUCCAAAGUGCCAAGUGUAUUUACAGGUGCUGAUUUAAUCACAUGGAUUAUGAAGAACAUCGAUGUGGAGGAUCAAGUGGAGGCAGUUCACGUGGCAACCCUAAUGGCUUCUCAUGGCUACUUUUUUCCGAUUGACGACCACUACCUGAUCGUGAAGAACGACAACACAUACUACAGAUUCCAGACGCCGUGUUUUUGGCCAUCAAGGUGCGGAGAACCAGAAAACACAGAUUAUGCUGUAUACUUAUGCAAGAGAACAAUGCAAAACAAACAGAGACUGGAACUAGCAGACUAUGAGGCAGAGAAUUUGGCAAGACUCCAGAAGAUGUUCUCCAGAAAGUGGGAGUUCAUAUAUAUGCAAGCCGAAGCACAAGCAAAAGUGGACAAAAAAAGAGAUAAAUUGGAGAGGAAGGUCUUAGAUAGCCAGGAGCGCGCUUUUUGGGAUGUCCACAGGCCGGUGCCCGGAUGUGUAAAUACAACAGAGGUGGACAUAAAGAAAGCGUGUCGAAUGAAUCGGCACUCCAAGCUGACUCGUGUAAGUAGCAUGCCAAAUUACGCAGUGCCUGGGGGUAGGCUGAGUCCUAGUAUAUCCGAGGCUGAAUUAUGUAACCCGUGUGACAAUAUACGACACGAUAUAAGUCUAUUAAGAAAGAAACUAGAAAAAAGAAGAGUUAAAAUAUCAAAAGUUACAGAGAGUUAUUUAGCGUAUUAUGAGCAGUUUGCUGAAUAUGAUGCUUUUAUUACGGCUCCUGACCCGGCCAAUCCCUGGAUCUCAGACAGCACAGACUUCUGGGAGCAGGAAAAAACCCUAAAUCCACGAGAUAUUCCACAGCGAAGAGUAAAGCGAUGGGCGUUUAAUAUAGACGAACUUCUCCAAGACCCCGCGGGAAAGGAUCAAUUUAGUAAAUUUUUAGACAAGGAAUUUAGUGGGGAAAAUCUAAAAUUUUGGUUGGCUUGUAAAGAAUUGAAAGGUUUACCUAUCAGGGAAGUCCAUCGCAAAGUACAUGAAAUAUUUACGGAAUUUCUGGCACCUGGUGCACACAAUCCAGUCAAUGUAGACGGGACUAUCACAGAACUUGUCAGGAACCGGAUGGAGGUUAACCCGACAAGAUAUGUUUUUGAUGAAGCUCAGGACCAUAUAUUCAAAUUAAUGAAGAGCGACAGCUACAGUCGAUACCUACGAUCUGACCAAUAUAAGGAAUUCCUAAGUGGCACGCGGAAAAAACUUGUUCGUAUGAAGGUCGGUUUUUAUUUUCGUUCUAGAUGUGCUGUUAACUACCACAGUGUAUCAUUAUAAUGCUAAACCUAAUGUUGUCAUAUAGCUAUGCAUAGCUUCAAAAAUUGACAAAGUUUGUCAUAUUUGAGCCUCAUAUCUAUACAAGAGAGUGUGUACCUUUCACAUCUAUAACUAUUCUUUAGUAGGAGAUUUUUUCUUUUUUACCCUUUCUCAAACUUUUAAAUUCUUGCUGUCAUUUGCAUUCAUAUCUAAAACCAGAUAUUAAAUAUACAUGUACACUAUGUACAAAUUACGAUAUUCAUAAAGAACUAGGACCAUUUAACAGCCUAAUUUGGCCCAAAUUCUGAUCGUAUCUUUGAAUCACAUGACAGAAAUUUUUGUAUAGAUUUGAUAUUAUACUGCAAAAUAUUCAAAACUUGUUUGUAAUUCUAAGUAUGAAUCAUAAGUGUGUUGUGUAGAAUUUCACAAAUACAUACCUGUCCACCCACAUGUCUAGACCACUAUGAAUUUCAGAUGGGUUAAUUAUCGUAAUAUGAAAUUCCCAAUACGCUCAUGCACUAUUAGUUACCACAGAAACUUUCUCUUAGAAUAAAGUAGAGUGAGUGUGUGUUAAUCAUGAAAAUGGAAAGGAACUUGAUAGAAUCCUUAAAAUCUUUUGGAUAUUAUUCAGGAGUGGAUUACUUUUUAAGUGUUGCUCUUGUAUAAGAAUUUAUCCCUGUGUUUUAUAUUCAUAUUUCUUUUUUUGUGCGGCCAAGAUCGAAAAUGGGUGUAGUUUAUAUUGUUUUUGUAUUUCUUUGUCCGCAGUUUAACUUUUAUUAUAACUUUUGAAAUGUGUAUACAAGAUAAUUGCACCCCAUCGUACAUGAUGAACUGAAGGUGAAAAGCUAUGUGAUUGAUAAAAAUUUAGGAUUAAAGUAAUUUUCCAAUUGACCACAAUUAAACUUGGCCACGCAAAAGUUACAAUUACAAUUAGUAAUUCGAGCUUCAAGAUUGGAGCUCCCUGCUGUUUUCUUCAACAGACUGUAAUCUUUUUCCAAGUCAAGCUGGCUUCGUAUCUUCUACAUUUUCAAGCCCAGUUUCUAACCCUCUUCAUGUCAUGCUUGGUUGCUUGUCUUAAUUUUAUGAAUUGAUCUUUAAACCGUCCCCUAAUUUCUUUAAAAAUAGAACUUUUUUUCCAAAAUACUUUUCAAGAAACAAAUAGAACUAGAAAUCGUAAACAUUAAUUGAGGGCAAGCUUGUCUUGUUUUUCUUCAUGGAAAUUUAAGCAAAAUUAAUUAAAACUAGAUAUCAUUGUGGUGGAAAGCAUCACAAAAUGGCCGGCUUUGAGUUAUGAUGGAUUUGCAAUCCUAAUGUGUAAUUUUUCAAUAGCUGUAGAAAAAAAAUAAAAGACUAGAAAACUGUCAAUUAUAUGAAAUUUUCUAACUUCAAGGUCCGUAACUCUUUAAAAAUAGGUAAAAAGAAAAAAAGCUCAGCCAUUGAUAUAAGUUCAUGUGUAGAUCCAAGUUUUCAAACGAAAAAGAUCGGUAAACUGUCAAAUCCCAAAAAAUCUGUUAUCUUUCAAAAAUGGGUCAAGAAAAUCCCAAAUCAAACUUUAAAUUUUCAUUUCAAUAGCUUCAGGGAUAGCCAGAUAUAAAAGUUCGGGAAACUGUCACGGUACGAGUCUUUAGUAAACGUCAUGACUGUCCCUUUUUCUUGGAAGGAUAUAAUUUAUGAUGUCGCGCAGGUGUUGCCAUAUGACAAUAUUUUAAAUUUUGAAGAAGAAAAAACCAAUGUAAAUAUUGUUAAAUGAAGUUUUUAGACCAUUGUAGUGAGGAAUUUGCCACAUUGCGAAUGAAAUUUUGACUCUAAAUUAAGGUGUAUUAUAACUAGGAACGACAACUCGAUCUGCAUGAGCUUCGGCUUUUCGGUUCAUCAAUGAUGGAGUCUCUAUUGCUCAAAGGUUACAACCAAGAAAGUUAAGUUACAGACAAACAAAGAGACGAACACUAGAAGCAAUAUCUCUCCAUCUAGGACAGGGUUGGGAGGAUAAUUAAAAGAACGUGUUGAAACACUUCAAAGAGCAGUGUAGUAGCAAGUGUCCUGUAGAACAAUAACGCCUUUUACAUGUAAAGGCAACGCCCACCAGACUGCCAACAGACUGGAAUAUGCUUGCGUAUUGGGUAUAAUUUGAACUUUUGAUCAAACAAAUUUUCCAUAGUUGUUAAAGAUUUGCAAUUUGACAGCAAGAACUUUGAAUGAUAUACACUCUUCUAAUUCUGCACAAGAUUUUGCAAAUAUAUAAUCGAUGUACUGAAAGAGAAUGGUGUUGAGCGUGUUUUAAAUGUUUUAUAUAAUUAUUUAAGGAGGUAAUUUAGUUAGGUAUAUAUAAAGAUCGACAAAUUUGAUUAAUAUAAUCGUAAUUUGAAAGUGUUUUUGUAUGCUUCCAGUAGUCUGAUUAGUAAUUAACUACCUUAGGCUUUACUUUCUGCAGACGCAAGGAAAUAAGGCUGUCAGCCCCCCCCCCCCCCUCUCUCUCUCUCUCUCUCUCUCUCUCUCUCUCUCUCUCACUCUCUCUCUCUCUCUCUGGUGACAUUUUGUAAAAGUUUGAAUAUAUUAUUCAGCAGUAAAGUUGUGGCAUGAGUGACCUUAAUUUGCUUGUCUGCUGUUCUUGUAUUUGUUUUGAUUAUUUUGUCUCAGCUUUUCGUGCGUGCUCGAUAUGGAAACGCUAACGUUAACCUUAGUUUGAUGAGGCGGGAAAUUUGAAUUAUUGAAAAUUUAGUAUCCCUUGAAAAUUUACGAUGAAAUGAAUUUUAACUGAAUUGAAGCCUCCAGCUUGCCUUCAGAUAUAUGUGGUUGAUUAUUUUUUUCAGUGAUGUUUUCAUUUUCUUGGCUAUGACAAAAUGUACUUGUUCUUUUCGCUGUAUUCACUGUACAUGUACGUGUUUCCACUUUUUUGAUUGACAUUAAUACUAAAUAUGAUGGAAUGAUUAACUUCUUACAAGGCCUUUUACUAACCAAUCUGUGUGACGAGGAUAGCGGAUGCCUUUACGAUUAUAUCAGGUGCAUUUGACACUAGGUUUGUCUUCCUGAAUGUAUGGUGAGAUAUUUUUAUUGGAGGGGAUACCUAAUGAGAAAGCUUUCACAGGAAAGACCAAGUACUGUGUCACAAAUCUAAAUCUUGGCGAGAUUUUACUUGCUAACAAAAGUUACACUGAUUUCUACAUAAAUUUAGACUCCAGUUAAAACCAAGCCAAAUUUCUAUGAUGCUUGUGUUUAUGUACAAAACAUCUAGUACCAUUAGUAGGAAACAUUCUUCUCUGUGAUAAUCAAAGGCAUUCGCUUCUUCCCGUGACUAACAGUUCUCGUUUUUUAACAUUGUGUAUUUUUAAUUAUCCUUUUGUUUCCGACAGACCAGAUCCAUUAUACCAAAGUUACCGAGUUUAAAUCUUGGCGGACAGUGAGCUUGCAUGGAACUUGUUAAUGCACAAUUCGACAUCCCAUCACUCAGCAUUCAAAAUGGCUUUCCUUUUGUCCAAGAACUUUUUCCCGAUUGGCUGUAACUGCUUUGCACAUCUUUUUGUGUCUGUCCUUGUUACCCGUAUGUUAUUCGCUGUAUGGUUUUAGGAUUUACACUCAGACUUAACUGCUGAAUAUAAAAUUAGAUUUGAUUAAAAGAAACAAAACAAAUCAGGCUGUAUGGUACGCCAGCUGAGGAGUAUUGUACGUUUAACAUGUAUAUUUCUUUUCAUAAUUUUCACUCAAUUUGUCGUAGUCGAUUCUCUGAAAUUUUCUCUCUCUUUUUUUUAAAGAAGUGGUUGAUAAAUUUGGGUGUCUUUUGGAAUACUUAUAGAUUUUUGUUAAAAAUGAAGAAAUAUACUUCUGAUGUCACGCUUGUUUACUCAAUUACAGAGUCGUAAACGGUUGGAGAUAAGAAAAGUGGCCGUUUGACCAGAAUGUGAUUUCUAAGACGACUGUGUGAAUGACUUAAAUCGGCUUCCAAUUCUCACCGGAAAAGCUCCGGAUUUUGUUUAGUUUUUAGUGUACCUGUUAAAUAUCACGAUAUUGCUAUCAAACAAAAAUUGUGUUAAGUCUAUGAAGAAAUUAAUCAUAUGCAGAUGCUUUAGUUUAAAUUUCUGUUUCCCACCCAAUAUUGAAUAGAUCCAUGAUCUUCAUUAUAUUCAAGAUCGCCAGUUCUUUAUGAGAGGUUAGUUAUGUCCUAGUGAGUGCAUUAUAUUUUGAUCGCUACUUUUGUUUAAUUAUAGAAAAAGACUGUGAUAAGCUCUAACAAAAACCAAAUGGAUCUUUUAGUGUACUGUGAUGUACUGCAGUAAAAUUUGACAAUAGAAAUGAAAAGAAGUCGUCACAGAGCAUUUUCAAUUUUCACUUGCUAUGAAUUGAUUUUCCUAUUUAAUUAAAAUUUGAUAUAUUUUUGUCGAAACAUAUCAAAAUCUCAGUACUGUAAUUGGCAUAUGGGGUUAUAUAUGACUUGCUAGAUUUUUGUAUCUUUAGAAUUACCAGUCAUCUUUGAAUUAGCUGUUUAUUUUUUCAGAUUUAGAAAUAGCUGUUACUGUGUUUUGUGGUGCUACCGUAGUAGUCAGUUUGUUCUGGGGCAUUCAGAGUGCAAUUCUCCAUCGCAGAAGUGCACUAAUUAAUUUAUACAUUAUUCAAUCGCGAAUUCCGUAUAUAUCUUGGUGACUGAAAAAGUGUUGGCCAAAUGUGAGUACAUUUGAUUAAGUUUUCAUGCAGAGUAUCGCACUAGUAACUUACCAUUGGUACAAACGAAAAGGGGGAUAUACAUUGCACUCCAUAUAGUGCGAUUAAAAGUAUUAUUCUCUGAAAAUUUCAAAAUUGCUGCACAACGAAUAUAGGUCAUCUUGUAUGUGUCAUUGCUAAGGAACAUCUUUUGGGACCAAGGGUUUUGCAAUAAUUACUUUUUAUUUAAAGUGAGUUCCUGGGUUUUAUUUGUAUCAAUAACGAUAUUCAGAUUUUUCUCGGUAAUUUGAAAAGAAAAUAUGAUUUUCAUGGAUAUCAUUUUCUUAUGUAGAAUUAUGUUAGUAGUAGUCAGUCUUUCUCUAUUUCCUGAAAAAAAGAAAAACAAACAUCUUUAUGCAAACCUUUUAUGGAAUCGUUUAGCAAGUCGUAAGUUGGGCGAUUCUUACCUAAAUGAAGUAUUACUUUUUUCAGCCAAAUUUAGUGAAUUUAUAUGAAAGACGGAAAAUCAAUUUAAUGAUACCAAAGAUAUGAAGUGUUGGGUUCUGACACUCGUAAUACCAGAGAUGAAUGGUCACUAAAAACUCCAAUGCACGGUAUUUUUCUGUGAUUUUACAUUAAAUACUAUAUUUCAUACUAAAUAUUAUAACCAUGCAUUUAAAUUUUCAAAAUUAUGUAUAGUUGCGUUUUUGAAUAAUUGAUAAAUAUAUAUAUAUAUAUAAUUUGUUAUUAUGUCGAAAGAACAUUGCUAGGGAUAGAAAAGGGGCCGGGUAAACAAAAUGGAAGUUUAAAUUUUUUUUAAUAUCAUUUGUAUAUCUUGAGUGAAUUAUUCAAUCAGAUUGCUAAAGUAAAAUAUCCAUUAUGAAUAAUCAAUGGCGGUACAUGCAUCACAUUUUUUACCAUGACAUGGACGAUUUUGGUCGUGUCUUUUUUCAAAAUUUUUCGUCUUUUUAAACUUUAAACUUUGUCAUAACUUUUGAACUAUACGAUAUAGAUGCCUUACUUAAAAAACAUAAAGUUCAUGGUCAUUAUAAAUCACUGGCCAAUGUCAAAUUCUCACUGACCAAGGUCAAAUUUGUCGCAAUUAAUACUGACUUUUGCACGGUCGGUUUUAAAUUAAAAUGAGAAGAAGAAAAAACUUCUGAAUAAGAUAUUGUAAUCGGUUCAAGUUUUUAAAAAAAACGAAUUUUAGAAAAUGGAUAGAGUAUAUAAAUAAAAUUGAUUUUUUUUAGAUGAUGAAAGGUAUACGGCCCUGACAGGAGUAGUUGUUAUAUAUCUGUUUAGUUGGUGCUAAUGAUUGUUUAUAGAGAGUUAUAUUAUGAGUGUCAAUGUAACUCUUCAUCUUGAAUACAAUGUAGAUAUUUCUCAUUCAAAAGAUGGAUACAAAUGACCAGUGGCCCUUGCUACGUUUUUACAGAAUUCCUCGAGGGUGAUGUUAGGUCACGUGUCUCAAUGUUUUGUACAACAUUCAUGAAGGGUAGUUAGCUUAGACGUGCAGCAUCCAUUACACGUAUGUUAUUAGUGUCCGUGUAACUCGUCUUUGACCAUAUCAUGUUGAUAACUGGAUGUCUGUAUAUAUCUAAUACCUGUAUAUAAGUGUAUAUCUAGAAACAGUUGAGUGGGAUUCUAUAUAUGUGAAUGUAUUUAAAGUGAAUGUAUUUAAAACGUGUAUUUUUGCAACGAGUAUACAGUUGGUAUUGUUACAUUGUUUUGAAGAGAUUGUCAAGACUACCCAUGUUCAUCAUUGAUAAUCUCCCUUGUCGGCGGUUCUGUUGGGAAAUAUUGAAUUUCUACAGAAAAUGUCCGCUGCCUAUUGUGCGAAUUUUUUUUAUUAUUAUUAUUUUUAUUUUUUUUAGAGAAACUAAAUAAAAAAUUGCAAAUUCUUCAUAAUCCAAAAUCGAACAGGUUUUAGUUUUGUAUUGUAAGAUUUAAGUAGUACAUGGCAAAUGAAUCCAGUUAAUGGACUUUUUGUUUAACUUUUUGUGAAUUGGUGGUGACGCCUACAGAUAUUGGAAUCCGCAAUGACCAUGGCGUUCCAGCAUCUGUUGUGUGUGUGUCACUGAAAUGAAGAAAUGUGUACUGCUUGUUGAAUUUGUUAUCAAUCAGAAGGAAACCAUGGUUAGAUCUAGAGCCAGAGAAAUAUGUCAACGUGAAUGGGUGGAAAAGAAUGGAAAGAUUUUUUCUUCUUCUCCGAAUGGUUGACAGAGCGCAUGAUGUCAGAAAUUAAAAGACUUGAGUCCAUUUCAUCAUCAUUUAAUAAUUUAAGAUGGAGAAUCCUCUGCAUAUGAUCUUCAAAUUAUCUGUUCUAUUUUUUUCUUUCUAAUAUACAUAUGUAACGUUAUAUUUGUUUGAUAAUUUAUUAUUAUGGUGAUUUUUUCCGGGACGGAGGAGAUUACUGUCAGUGAUAGCAAUAAAGUUACCAAUAAGA